UCGUCGUCAUCUUUGAUUUUUAUCCCGAACACUCAGGAAGACGUAAUCCGGAAAUGGCUUGUCCCAAGUGUCAUCUUUAUUUCUUAUGGUAUUAUUUGCUGAUCGUUGCUAUAUUGACGUAUCCCACGGAAGAAAGUAAUAUUCAUACGAAAAGUUACCUGCGGAAUCAAGUUGAAAAAACUAUCGAAAAUGUGAAGGAUAACAUUUCGAUGAAUAUAAAUCGAAUUUUUUAUAAUAAACCAAUCAAUGAUAACACAUACAAUGAUGAAUCGAGUACAACGACUGUUUUACCAAAUGUGGAAUCUCGACAGAUUAUUUAUGCACCUAUUAGGUGUCCACCUAAUCACGUGAUCGUUGAUGGAAAGUGUCGGCUACAUAUUCCAUGAUUAUUCGUGUGUAUGUGCAUAUGUAUGUUUAAAAAUAAUUUCACGUGUUUUAUUUAAAUUUAUUUGUAUUUAAACAAACAAAC